AUGGUUAAUCAACCUCUUUCGAAGAGGGUAGAUGGAUGCUAUCAGUGUUUAACAUGUAACAAAGUUGUCUCUAACACAGAGAUCUCUAAACACUUAGAUUCUAAGCAGCACAAGGCUGCUCGUGUUUUAUUAGACUGCACUAAAAAUGAUACUGACAACAGCUAUGUUGGCCAAAAUAAUGAAGAGAAAAAGGAACAGAUGAAAGAGAAUGAAGCCUACGGAGACGAUACAAAAGUGACAUUUAACGAAAAUGUUGAUACAAGGUUGACAGAUAACCCGCCUGUUACUGAAGGAAAAGCUAUAAAGAAACUAACUUCUGUGAGUGAAGAACUAGAAACUUAUGCAAAAGAACAUGGCUUGUUCGUAACCCAAGAUAGGUUUAGUUUCAACUGUCAGAUAUGUAGAACAGAAGUUCCUGGCACAAUGUAUCUUGUAAAAAAACACAUAGCAGGAAAACAACACAUAGAUAACAUAAAACAGAAGACACAGGCAGACAAAAAACUAAAUACAAUGAAGGUGGAAAAAGUUCUGCCAAAAGAUUAUUUUAGACAGAUUUUAAUUGUGGAUUGCAGAUUUGUCAUAAUUAAUGACAGUUUUUGUUUCGAGUUUAAUCAUUUCUUUUGUCUGUUGGAUAUUGGAAAGAUAAUAUGUCAAAUUUGUGACAUUGAAAUAGCCCGAGAGAACAGAGAAAUGCAUGUUGCCUCUCCAUCACAUGAAUAUAAGUUGCAAAACGCUUUUGUCAUCACUUCUUUGACAGAGGAAUUAGUAAGACAGAUCGAUUCUCUGUAUCAUUGCGGUUACUGCGGCGUAUUUCAGAAGGACUUUGGGGACAUGUUGGAUCACCUCACCUCUCCUGUACAUGAACUCCAAAAGUUUACAAAAAAGGAUAUUUUUCUAAGUAUUAAGGACGAAGAACUACUAAACCACAGCACAGCACAACUAGUAGAUGGAUGCUAUCAGUGUUUAACAUGUAACAAAAUAGUCUCUAAUACAGAGAUUGCUAAACACUUAGAUUCUAAGCAGCACAAGGCUGCUCGUGUUUCAUUAUGCUGCACUAGAAAUGAUGAUGACAACAACAAUAUUGACCAAAGAAAUAAAGAGAAAAGGGAACAGACGAAAGAGAAUGAAGCUAAUGGAGAUGAUACAAAAGUGACAUCUAACAAAAAUGUUGACACAAAGGUUUUGACAGAUAACCCGCCUGUUACUGAUGGAACAGCUAUAAAGAAACUGACUCCUGUGAGUGAAGAACUAGAAACUUAUGCAAAAGAACAUGGCUUAUUCGUAACCCAAGAUAGGUUUAAUUUAAAUUGUCAGAUAUGUAGUAAAGUAGUUCCUGGCACAUUGAACCAUGUAAAAAACCACAUAGCAGGAAAAAAACACAAAGCUAACAUAAAAUGGCAGACACAGGCAGAUAAAGAACUAAUUAUAAUGAAGAUAGAAAAAGUUCUGCCAAAAGAUUAUUUUAGACAGAUUUUGAUUGUGGAUUACAGAUAUGUCAUAAUUAAUGAUAGUUUUUGUUUCGAGUUUAAUCAUUUCUUUUGUCUGUUGGAUAUUGGAAAGAUAAUAUGUCAACUUUGUGACAUUGAAAUAGCCCGAGAGAACAGAGAAAUGCAUGUUGCCUCACCAUCACAUGAAUUUAAAUUGCGAAACGCUUUUGUCAUCGCUUCUUUAAAAGAGGAAUUUGUAAGACAGAUCGAUUCUCUGUAUCAUUGCGGUUUCUGCGGCGUAUUCCAAAAGGACUUUGGGGACAUGUUGGAUCACCUUACCUCUCCUAGACAUGAACUCCAAAAGUUUACAAAAAAGGAGAUUUUUCGAAGUAUUAUGGACGAAGAACUACUAAACCACAGCACAGCACAACUAGUAGACGGCGGCUAUCAAUGUUUAAUAUGUAACAAAAUUGUCUCUAAUACAGAGAUCUCUAAACACUUAGAUUCUGAACAGCAUAAGGCUGCUCGUGUUUCAUUUGACUGCACUAGAAAUGAUGCUGACAACAACAAUAUUGACCAAAGAAAUGAAGAGAAGAAGGAACAGAUAAAAGAGAAUGAAGCCAAUGAAGAUGAUACAACAGUGACAUCUAGCCAAAAUGUUGACACAAAGGUUUGGACAGAGAACCCGCCUGUUACUGAAGGAAAAGCUAUAAAAAAACUAACUCCUGUGAGUAAAAAUCUGGAAACUUAUGCAAACAAACAUGGCUUGUUCGUAACUCAAGAUACGUUUCAUUUUAAUUGUCAGAUAUGUAGUACAGAAGUACCUGGCAGAAUAUACAAUUUAAAAGAACACAUAACAGGAAAAAAACACACAGAUAACAUAAAACGGCAGGCACAGGCAGACAAAAAACGAAAUACAAUAAAGAUAGAGAAAGUUCCGUCAAAAGAUUAUCUUAAAGAGACCGUCAUUGUGAAUUACAAGUUGGAUAGAUAUGUCAUGAUUAAUGACAGUUUUUGUGUCGAGUUUAAACAUUUCUUUUGUCUGCUGGAUAUUGGAAAGAUAAUGUGUCAACUUUGUGACGAAGAAGUAACCAGAGAGAACAGAGCAACGCAUCAUAACUCUCUGCCACAUGAAUUUAAAUUUCGAAACUCUUUUGUCAUCACUUCUUUGAAAGAGGAAUUUGUAAGACAGAUCAAUUCUAUGUAUCAUUGCGGUUUCUGCGGCGUAUUUCAGAAGGACUAUGGGCAGAUGUUGGAUCACCUUGCCACUGCUGUACAUGAACACCAAAAGGUUACAAAAAAGAUGAUUUUUCAACAUAUUAAGGACGAAGAAGUAUAA